AUGCUCGUCUCCGGCGCAUCUUGCUCAUGGUGUGCCCGCCCCUCUGUCUCUCUCUCUCACCGGAACAGGCUCCUGGCCACCGCCGCCGCCGCCGCCGCCGCCGCGUCGUCCCUCUUCCAAUCGCCGACGGCAUUCUCUGUCCGUGCGCGGAGGGGGCAAAGCGGCGUAUUACCGUCCUUCCGGCUGCCGUGCUGUCGGGCCGCUAAGCAGCGGCAGCAGCAAGAGGGCUCCGUGAAGAAGAGUGGGGGGGGGAGGAGGAAGAGCUCCGAGAAGCCGGCCUCCCGCGAGCCCCUGGUAGAGGUCGUCCCCAGCACAAGUAACCUGCCGGUCGCGCCCAACAGCUCCUUCCCGCUCCCGAAGCCUCCCGCCGGUUUCGUGGUCGAUGCCCUAGGCAAAGUCCUCUUGGCCUCGUCCAGACGGAUGGCCACAAUUGUGAGCAAUCUCUCUGUACCUGCUUCGUCCUGUUUUGCGCUUGCUAAGCGUUGUCGCGGACGUUUCUAGGUUUUUCGCGUUCUUUCGAUGACGUUUUACUUACCUUGAGCCGAUCGAGCCGCAUUGAGAGCUUAUUAGCUGCUUUCUAUGGAGCGUUAUCCGGAAUCUGCCGUUUAUAUGUUUCGAAACCCUAUUGGAAACAGGUAGUGUCUGCCGUUGCAAACUUCUGGGCAGCGUUGAAAAAGCGAUGUACCCAUUUGGCAGCCUCCAUUGUGUGGGGGUCGGCCGUAAGAAGUUUUGUAUCUGCCGAUGUCUGGCUUCUCUUCUCGUCUGGGUGUUCAGUGAACGGAAGUGUCCAACUAGUUAUUACGAUUAACGACCUAGAAAUCACACGGAUGAUACAUUAAGCUGGCCAAUCAUCAAAUGUUUCCAAGGCGAUACGGAUGAUACUAGUUAUUGCAACCUUCUUAUCACUGCGAAAAUUACAUAGUGUUUAAAAAUUACAGGUGCUUCGGCGGGAAGCACCUGUUAUCGAAUGAUCGUCAUAAAUCAUCAUCCCAAAUUUCAUGUAUUGUAAUUCGUUGCCCAUGAUAUUCAGUCAUUUAGAUAUUCGGCUAUUUUUUUAGUCUCGUUACUAAAUAAAGGUAAAUCCUUGUUGCUCAAUUUAUUUGUGCUGGGUUGCAACCAGCUUACUUCAGCUUCAUAGUUCCCUUACGAUUUUUCAGUGAUGUUUUUUCCUUCUUGAAUAUUUUCUUGCAGGUGGAUUCAACAAACAAUUUUCCCUUAGAAUGUGUGAUCAGGAGAAUUUUCGAAAGUUCUCGAGGGCAGGAGUGCAUGUUGUUGUGUCCGGUGGAUACGUAUGUGAAAUCACUGUUUUUUUCCUUUGCCUUGUCCCCACUAACCAUGAAAAUCAAUAGUGACGGCAUUUCAAUUUGCAGUCCAGUUCAAAUAUUGAAGAGCACGAACUUCAGUGGAUGGGCAGCUGUAUGUCUCUUUCACCACAUCGCAUACCUCUCUGAUUUCCACCGGCAUUCUUGCUCUCUUUCUAUUUCCUCAUUGACUGAUAUAUUUAUUGAUUAUUGUUAUAGCUGGCUUGCUUUCUUUUUUAAUAAUUAAAUUCCUUAGUUUUAAUAACAAGAUUACAUAUCUUGAUCUUAUAUAUUUUUAAAAUCGAGCGAUUAGUCUCUCCUUCCCGCGACUGACCCAUAAUAAUACUUUCAUGUGAAAUUUUUAGAAAGUUUUACUUUUUUUUUAUAAUAUUUAGCAUAUGCCAUAUGAUUUUGAUACCUAAGUUGUGAAUCCUUUUUUGUUUUACUUACUUUGUCCAAUUCACUUUUACAUAGGACUUUUGCUGACCAUAUCAACUAUCCUUUUUGGAACCCUAGUUUUUCAACAUCACUGAAGAAACUCGGCACUAAAAAUUUAAUGUUCAUUUUAAAUUUGACACUAUAACUACUGCCUAAGGGAAUCAUGAUAUUAUGACGACAUUUGGAUGAUGCCAUUUCCAGGCCUUCUUGGGGUCAGUCUAUGAUGAUUUUUUGGGUAUUGACAUAACUAUUUGGUACUAGUAGUACCUUUAUUUUUUAUUGUUAUUAUUAUUGAAUAGUAACAGCUCACACUAUUAUUUUAUUCAUCAGCAUGUGAUGUCGGCAAGGAAAUCUUGAUUUUAAUACUUCUGCUUUGCAGGUAGAUGAUGAGGAAGUAGAAGCUCUACUCCCUGCUGCUGCUUAUGCGCUUGCCAAGAUUCAUAUGCACCUUGUGUUUAGCGGGUAAAUAGCAUUUCUUUUGUUGGGAGGAAUGUCUCGCCAACAUUCCAUGUUUGGAAUUUUUCGUGAUAAAUUGUUCUGUAUAAUUUUCUAUGAGAAAAGUAUAACCUUUCUCACUGCUGUCUGAACAACUAUCUCAGUUUUUUACCGCCAUUUUCUGUGGUUUGGAUUAACUUUACCCUUUCACAUCUUUUCAGGUUCUGUUAUACAGCAAGAGGCAGAUUUUGUUAUUCUGAGGACGAUAUCCUUGAAUUUCGAACAGGUGUUAAGCCUUUUAUUUCUCUUGGUGAAAUGAUGAAGUUGAUUUCCUCUUCUUGCAUUUGGGUGGACCUUAUGAACCGUUCUUGGCAAAUAAUGUUAAUUCUAUACGAGGUUGUCAAAAUGAAGAAAGAGCGUUUAUGAUGUCUUCAAUUAUUUGUGGCCUAAUAGUUUUUAUUUUAUAAAAUCAUGGAUUGUUACGCAAGUUUCUGGUAAAUCUCAUGCUAGACCUUCUUCGUUCAUUUUUAUGGGUACCGGAAGAAUGUAGCCCCCUAGAAUAACAAGAUGACUGCUGUGUGAUUAUCAGUCAUCUGAAAUCUUCACCAUACAAGGGUUCCUCCUCUUAAUCGUUUAUCGUAUUAUUCUUCCAAAAGAUCAUGACAGCGAAGGGAGACGCAUGAUUAUGCGUUUGUGUCUCACAAUGAUGUGGUUUUUGAUAUCUGAAGAAACAUGUGUGUUGUCUUUGAUUUUAUUUUUUUUCGUGAAUGACGCCUGACCACAGCUCAUAUCAGUGGUUAUUUUGCUUAAGAGUUUUUUUGUGGCACACAGAUGACGGUGAAGAUAUCGAUGGCUUGCCUACUGAAGGUAUAGAAAUCACUUGCUUCCAUCAGGUGAGAUAACAAUUUUGUUUCUUUUCAUGGAAUAUGGAAGCUAUCAUUUUCACGGUGACAAAUGUACUCGCUGAGAUUCUGCUGUUUCUGGCACUUAUUACCUUGGCCUCCUUGUUUUCUUUUGAGUUCCCACUGAAUCCUCACAUGUUCAGUGACGUAAAAAAUCCAGUGUAUGUGUGUUUGGAUUGAUUUCUUGUUUUUAUUUUGUUCUUUAUGUUUUUCCUUCUCGUUGGAUCUAUUUGAUCACCCCUUCUGUUUGAGCUUCUCGAAUUACCUCUGCUAAUUUACUUGAUUUCCUGCUUCAUCUUUCUUUUGUACUUGCCAAUGUAGGAUGGAACGCAUUACAUGAUUUACACGCCAUCUGACCCACUGUUAUUUGUUGCUGUGAAGGUACGUGUAUGCAUCUUAAGUGGAAACAUAUUUGAUUGAUGUUUGGUUGCAGCUUAUUUUCUUGUAUUGUUUUAUCUUAUGACUGUGUCUUUUGUAUAGAAUUCAAUAAUCUUUUUCAAAUUUUCAUCAGAAUUAUUGAAUUCUUCUUCUAUUGCUCUGCUCAUUGGAAAUGACAUAUGUUCUGUAUAUACAGGAUCAAGACGGCCGGUUACAGAUUGCAGAUGACGUAAGUAAUGCCAAGUAUUUCAUUUUCAAUAUACUAGAACACUACUUUUGGUUGUGUUUCUCUGGAUAAAUCAUUUGCAAAUAUGUAAGCAUCCUCACUCCCUCCCCACUGUCUUUGUUGGGAUGUGCCAAGAGUACGGCCGAGCCUACAACAAACCCUUGUCUAAUUCCUUUAGCCUUUAAGCGCAUGCAAAUGUGCCCAUCAUUGUGCUUCGAAUGAUGAUUUACCAAUAGGGGGUAGCCUAUACAUGCCAGAGUCACGGUAUGAUGGUGGGUUAUGUUCAUCCAUGCAACAAGCAUUACUCAACUAAACAUACUGAAAGCUAUAGGGGAAGACAUCCGAUUAACCCAUCUUCAGGCUUGUUUCUCCUUCUUUUAACACAGAAUGAUCUUGCGAAAGACUGGGUGAUUAUGAUAAAGAUGGUUGAAGGACAUACACAGUUUUGUGGAGGAUUCUAAAUACACCUGUACGAUUCAUAGUCAACUUUUUUUUUCUUUGCUUUCUGGGUCUUAAGAGUAAUCCCUGAUAGAGAUCACUUAGGGGACUUGGGAUCUGUAAUUGCUAGGGGAACGUCCACACAAGAUCUCUCUUGUCCCUGAGAAGAAGUGACCCUCGAUCAAUCACAGAUGGUUAGAAGUUCCUUGGGCUUGAUUCGCAUAUUAGAUCCACCCUCACGGUGGAUUUGCUGAUUCUGUAUCUUGCAGUGGUAGUUGAUCAGGAAGAGCUUGUAUCAGUGAUUUAUCUGGUAAUUGCUCGACUGCUCAAGAUUCUCUCUUGAGCCUGGCCAAAGAAAAGCUUCUCAAUCAUUCCGACAGCCAUUAUCUGUCUCUGCUGCUCAGGAUGUAUCUGUGGCAAAGAUGAAGAAGUCGAAUCUGCCUCGAUCCUGCCCAUCUCUGGUUAUAGUGUGCAGCCAUUUCUGACUUUAUUUUGAUUAGAGACUAAGGAGCAUUUCCCAUGUACAUAGAAUCGUGACUAAUCCUUCUCUGGUUGGUCUCGUGUUUGCCCUCGACAUUUCCGGAAGGAAAUUGAGUGUCCUGCGGUUUUCCUUGUGCGCAGGUUCUCUUGGACGACCCUGCUGUUGUCGGCGCCAUUGAUGAAGAGACAGAGUUCAACGCCUUGGUGGUAAGCUGUUUUCCCCUGUGCAUUCGCCCACUCCUCUACAAGCAGCAUGCAUAGCUCAGACAUUAGGUCUUCGAAUCUCCCAAGCAUCUUACAAAACCCUAGCCCCCUCUUCUUACGGGCUAAUUGGCAUAGGAUUUCCACCCCACCCCAUCGGAUUCUACUUCAUCUGAGGUUUUCCUUGCGGGUGCCCUUGAAUUCUGAAUCAUGGCUGUGGACCCAUUUCAAACUUGUGCAGGAGGAGGAGGCAGCUCUUCUUGAAUCUGUCUUGGGGGAGAGAUAG